CGUGUUCAAACUAAAAAAAAAUUAAUUGUUGUGCAACACUUUGCAAACCGCAUGAAGCAUUAAAAUGAAAUUUCAUACAUAUUUUGUCGUUCUACUAAUUUUCUUGAAGAAAGCCAAUGCUGACUACAUUCAGUGCUACGUAUGUGAAGAUUGCGAGGAAAAUGAAGGCGAAUUGGUGUCCUGUGCACUUCUUGGGGAGUUACAAUUAAUAGACCCAAUAGUUCAGACAACAGCAGAGACCGCUGCGCUCAUCAGCUCAACACAGAUGACAACCACAACAAUAAUAAACGAAAAUACCACUUCAGCCAACUUUGAGAACCUGACCUCAACGACGACUGCAGUCACCUCAGCCAAUUUUGAGAAUGUGACGUCCACGAUUAUUGCAGUUCAAGAAAACUUAACUACAGUUAGUAUUCCGAAUGCUAUUGACUCCAUGGAAUCUUAUGAGGAUAUGGAGUGGGAACGGGAGAGCGCAGAGUCGCCAAUCUACAACGAGCCUGACAGAGAAACAACGAACAGAACUAGUGGAGAAAAGGAAACUUUGGUAGCCAACGCCACUGCGAUUACAACCAAUGAGACCUCCAAGACAACGGACGACGAAAGCGAAUUAGCAGAACCGGUUAAUUUGACUACCACUUUACAAGAAAAUACUUUCACGAAUACUACUGAUAUGCUCGGACUGAAUGCAACUGCAAACGAAACUUUCUUGAACUCAACUACAUUUGUCACAACUCCCAAUGCUACCUCGGCAGCAGCACCCGGGAGUGAAAGUUUUGAAAACAUCACCCUUGCAGUCGAGACUACUGAUGUAGGUCCUCUAAAUACUUCGGUAAACGUAAAUUCUACCAGCAUGGCUACUGAGGUUUUGGAACUCAAUGGUACAGAAAACUUGAUCUCGGAAGAACUUAAUGCAACAAUACAAAUUAACACAACUGACCUAAAUUUUGGAGGUGAUACAACAACAGUCAAUAAUACGAAACUCAGUUCUGACAACGUAACGUCAACAGAGAUUUUAAUAUUGGAAAAUGAGGCCAAUUCUGGAAACGGAACAAUUACAACUACGCCAAUAUUGGCAAAUGAGACCACGAGUUCUUUGGGGCUGAAUGGUACAAUACAAAACAAUACAAUAACCGUAUUAGAAAACGGAACCUCGAAUUCAAUGGAGAUUAACGGUACAGCAGGUCUUACUGCCGGGACAUCGUUAUUGCAAAAUGGAACCGCGAGUUCUGUGGGACUUAACGGAACAACAGCCCUAACUUCUGGCAAUGUAACAACUACAGAAUCCAUGACCAGUUCCGUAGCUUUUAAUGGUACCACAGAAGUUAAUACAACAGCUGUAAGUUCGGGAAAUAUAACCACUGAGACGCAAAUAUUGGAAAGUACCAUAGGAAUAAAUGGAUCAGCACAAGAAAUUUCUUCAGCAGUGGAUUCUGGGAACCUAACGACAACAGGAAAUUCGACAUUGGGAAGUGACUUCAUGAAUUCUACUUCCAUAUUAGAGCAAGACAAUUUGACGAUUCCUGAAAUAAUGGAACUGGCUGAAAAUCUUAACGGUACACUGCAAAAUAUUACCACAGCUACGCUUUUGACAAAUUUGACGGCCACUAUAACAGGCAAUGAAACAAGCGAUGCGAUUGAACUUAAUGGUACUUCAGAGUCUCAAACAAAUGCGACAACAACAUCGACAAAUGCCAAUGCUACAUCAACUGUAAAUAAUGCGCCGAACGAGGCUAUUAUUUCCGAGGAAUACUCAGACGAAGAUGAUGGUAACAAUUAUGCCGAUUCUGACGAAGAGUUCCGCAAACGCUCGAAGACUUAUCGCGGAAAGCUUGGUGCUACUCAGGAAACAACAAUCAAUGGCAUCCAGUUGUCCAAGCCAUUCCUAGUUAAACAAACUUCUACAGACUUUUUACUCAACAAAUAUAGUAAACUAAGGCAUGUAGCGGGACUGAAGCAAGUAAACAUAACCUAUAAAUGUUACACCGUACGCGUUAAAGGCGAAAAUAAAGUGCAAAUCAACAAAGGCUGCAUUGCAGUGCCUGCAGAACGGACCGCCUGCGAGCUGCUAGGAACAAAAUAUGGUGAGGACGCGUUGCAGGAUUGCCAAGUGUGCUUGGAGGGCAAAUGUAAUAGUCGAAGCAGCAGCAAUGAUUUGAAAUUUUCCAUACCGAGUGUUAUCUUAACAAUUGUAAGCGCUUGGUUGCUCAGUUGAGUUCUCAAUGGCUAUUCAGCCUUUUCUUCAGUUUAUUGCAAACAAUAUAUCUUUAUCAAUUUAAGCGGUAUAACCGAAAUAUAUCCGAUAUUUUUAGCCUUUUCGUUGCAAUUAAAUUAGCACGAAAACUUA